CUUGACCUGAAAUUUAGAAAGUAAACUUGCAGCAGUUUAGCUCAAGACUUUCAUGUUGACAGAGGACGUAAACUUGCAACUUCGUCAACUUCACUAACAUUUCGAAUGGAACAACGUCAAGGAAGCGGAUGGACAUGCUCCAAAUGCUUAAAAACGUUCGACACCAAAGCAAACUUAAAGUACCACAUGUUCUCACAUGACGUCUUUGCGAAAGUGAAAUGUGAGGUCUGCGGAAAAGUUUUGAAAAAUCCAGUAAUCCUGUCCCAACACAUUAAACUGCAUGAUACCAAGCGGGACCGACCCAGUUGCGACAUUUGCCAACGGAUAUUUUCCACACCAGCAAAUUUACGAACACACAUACGUACCGUACACAACAGGACGAAACGACCUCGUUUUCCAUUCGAGUUUCCUGACUGUGACAAAUCCUACCUGUCCAAAGGCGAUGUUUUGAAACACAUAAAAUCUGAACAUUCCGAAAAUCCGACCCGAUUUCCGUGCACGCUUUGCGGUAAGGAAUUCAAACUAACAACAAACCUUGAGAGGCACAUUUCCAGCCACACGACGGAGAAGGCCUUCGUUUGUUCCACUUGCGGGAGGAGUUUCGCCCAUUCGAUAACGCUGAAACGUCACAAGGCUACAAACUCGGAAAAAUCGACCCGGUGGACUGUCAAGUGCGAACUUUGUAAUCAUGUUUCUUUACGCCGAGCCCACUUGCAAAGCCAUAUCCAAGCUGUACAUGAGAAUCAGAGGAAUUACCCGUGCACAUUUUGUGACCAAAGGUUCUCGACGUUGGUCAUUAUGAGACGUCACGUGGAGGCGAGACAUACCGGGAAUUCAGAGAGGAUUCAUUCUUGCGACAAGUGCAAGUUCUUGAGUCAUUCGAAAAUAAGUUUAUAUCAACACGCGAGGCGUCACAAUCUUGUUAAACGGCAAAAAUGUUGCUUCUGCAAGAAGCAGUUUUUCUACUUCUGGGAACUGGUGAUACACUGUCGUCGUCAUACUCUAGAGCAGUGAGAACUGAGGAAUUUGUUGGUCAUAUCUGAUUUUAUUGUUGGGCGGAGUGAGAUAUGCAAAUAUGUAUUUUCAGACUUGUGUUACUUAUACCCCGUUGAAAAUAUAAAAUUAUGACCAACCUAUAAGGAAUAUGUCAAAAUUUGUACACAAAUAUUCGCAAAUUGUUGAUCUUAAUGAAAAGUCGUCAGAAAUAGCAUACACAUGUAACAGAUUCUGGCAAAUGACAUUCUUCACAUGCAUUUCCUGCUAAUGUACGGAGACAAUAUAUGUAAUUAUUGAUAAAACUAUAUCUUUCAUGAGUAAAAAAACGGAGGAGUUUGUCACUA